AUGUUGACAGAUGCCCUACGACAGCUGUUGCCAGCAUCGGCCACUGUGCCGCUGAAGAAAUCGCAUGAAGCCAAGUUGCACAGCCGGGAGACAGUCUUGGGAGAUAACUUGCCACGACCCAGGUUGCCGAAGAGUUUGCGACAACUGUACGGAAAUUCAGCAGAUGCCGAAAGCCGCGCCAUGGCUUUUUUCCAUCGUGUCAAUGAAGUAAACUUUGCAGAUCCUGGCGACACAUUGCCAGAAACGGAUGCUUUGACGUUCUUUGAAGAGAAACUGCUGUCGCCGAUUCAACACAUUGUGCGGAUCUUCACCCUGCAUGACAAGCGCCAUGUAGUUGUUCCCAGCAUCGACACCAUCGGUGCUGAUGACCGGGGUCUGGGGGACUGGUCUGUUGAUGUCAAGGACUUGGAGUACAGACUAGGUGGUGGCCUUGGCGUUCUAGGCUUUUCCUGGACCUUGGGCCAGGCGCAGAAUGACCCAUAUCAGGCAGAUACUGGUCACGAUGGCACGGUUCCAGCGAAGUCGCCAGUCAUGGCCGGUGGUCUUUUUGCCUCCGACACUCGCGAGUUUUUGCGCUUGGGAGGCUCUAAGCACUAA